CCGUGGCCGGCGCGGCCGCGUCAUGGCGGAGGCGGCUCUGGACGCCGUGCGGAGGGAGUUACGAGGGUUCCCGGCCGCCGCGAGGGAGCUCAGCGUGCCCCAGACGGUGCCCUACCUGGAUGAGCCCCCGACGCCCCUUCAGUUCUACCGGGACUGGGUGUGCCCCAACCGGCCGUGCAUCAUCCGCGGCGCUCUGCGGCACUGGCCGGCCCUGCAGAAGUGGUCGCUCCCCUACCUCAGAGCCACGGUGGGCUCCACGGAGGUGAGCGUGGCCGUGACCCCGGAUGGCUACGCAGACGCCGUGCGCGGGGACCGCUUCGUGAUGCCGGCGGAGCGCCGCCUGCCCCUGAGCCGCGUGCUGGACGUGCUGGAGGGCCGCGCCCGGCACCCGGGCGUCCUCUACGUGCAGAAGCAGUGCUCCAACCUGCCGGCCGAGCUGCCCCAGCUGCUGCCCGACCUGCAGCCGCACGUGCCCUGGGCCUCCGAAGCGCUGGGAAAAAUGCCCGAUGCCGUGAACUUCUGGUUGGGGGAGGCGGCUGCUGUGACCUCCCUGCACAAGGACCACUACGAGAACCUCUACUGUGUGGUGUCGGGAGAGAAACAUUUCCUCUUACAUCCCCCCAGCGACCGGCCCUUCAUCCCCUACGAGCUGUACCCACCGGCCACCUACCAGCUAACUGACGACGGGAGCUUUCAGGUGGUGGAGGAAGCAGGCGCUGAGAAGGUGCCCUGGAUUCCUCUGGAUCCCUUGGCUCCAGACUUGGCCCGGUAUCCCAGUUACAGCCAGGCGCAGGCCCUCCGCUGCACCGUGCGGGCCGGGGAGAUGCUCUACCUGCCGGCACUGUGGUUUCACCACGUGCAACAGUCCCACGGCUGCAUUGCCGUGAACUUCUGGUAUGACAUGGAGUACGACCUCAGGUACAGCUACUUCCAGCUGCUGGACUCCCUCACCAAGGCAGCGGGCCUGGAGCAGACGGCCUGGUGAGGGGUGUGGGGCCGCUCCCGGCAAGAGGCCUGGAAUCCGCAGUUCAGCUGCCCGACCUGGGAUGGGCCUUGGAGGACUCUGGGAGGCGUCUGGAGGCUCGGAGGUGCCAGGCUGGUCUAGGCGUGGGCUCCCAGGAAGUUGCUACAUGGGCGUGGCAGCAGCUGGUCCUGGCGGACUGGGGCUUGGUGUGCAGCCCCGCCUCUCCCCGGUGGGUGCCAGGCGCUUGUGGCCAUCCAGAGGGA